UUGCACCCGGGCUCGGGCCGAGCUUUCAUGGCUCAGCCUAGGUACGACGAGAGCCUCCACGGCGGAGGCUACAUGGAGGGCGGCGCGAUGUACCACGAGCACCGGCUCACGCAUCCGCACCUGCCGCCCGUGCACUACCCGCCGCCCGCCGCGCCCGCGCACGCACUCCCCGGGGAACCGCUCGUACACAAGCGCGACAAGGACGCCAUAUACGGGCACCCCUUGUUUCCCCUGCUGGCGCUGAUCUUUGAGAAGUGCGAGCUAGCCACAUGCACCCCGCGGGACCCCGGCGUGGCCGGCGGAGAUGUUUGCUCCUCAGAAUCCUUUAACGAGGACAUCGCUGUUUUUAGCAAACAGAUACGUCAAGAAAAACCUUAUUACAUAGCGGACCCCGAGGUCGACUCAUUAAUGGUGCAAGCGAUACAAGUCCUACGGUUUCAUCUAUUAGAAUUAGAAAAAGUGCACGAGUUGUGCGACAACUUCUGCCACCGCUACAUAAGCUGCUUGAAGGGCAAGAUGCCGAUCGACCUCGUGAUCGACGAGCGGGAGUCUGCGCGGCCGCCAGACGCGAACGGCGAGCCCCGAUCCGCACCAGACAGCAGCCACGACGGCGCCUCAACACCCGACGUCAGACCACCGUCAUCGUCUCUGUCGUACGGUGGCGCGGUGAACGACGACGUGCGCUCGCCUGGCUCUGGCGGCACGCCCGGACCCCUCAGCCAGCCGCCGCCGCAGACCCUAGACGCCACAGAUCCAGGUGAGCUCCUGUUGCUGUCACCAACUCCUAUGUACUCAAAUACCUAA